AUGACGUUCUCUCGGAUACUAAGAGGACAAUCAUUCCUGUCACCGAAACUCAUCCUUGAGCGUACAUCCCUAGGAUCGUUCUUUUCCCCUUCUAAGAGACAAAAGUUUCAACCGACGCUUCGGUACGGGGAAUACGAAGUACUCAGGGCCCACAAUAUACCGGCACAUAUAAAAAGACCGCCAUAUGCCACUGCCAGAAACGAUGCCGAACUUCGUGCAUACUAUGGACGCCAAUGUGCCUACGCAGAAGUUAAGUCUACGAAGCAAAUCAAGGCGAUGCGCGUUGCUGGGCGUAUCGCCGCAAACUGCCUGCAUAAGUGCAUGAAAUCGACAAAAGAAGGGAUAACAGCCGAAGAUAUAGAUCGAAUUGGACAUGAAUAUAUAAUUUCUACAGGAGCAUACCCAGCUGGAGUUGGUUUCCACGGUUUCCCCAAAGCGAUUUGUAUCUCGGUGAACGAGGUGGCAUGCCAUGGUAUCCCUGAUACGCGACCAUUUAAACAUGGAGACAUUGUGUCAUAUGAUUGCACAGUGUUUUACGAUGGUGUAUUUGGGGACUGCGCAGGGACGGUAUUGGUUGGCGAUACUUCGGAAUCUGACGAGUCAGCGAUAACAUUGGUUCGUGUAGCUAAGGAGUGCGUCGAUGAAGCCAUAUCGGCAGUUGCUCCUGGUGUGGAAUUUUCACGAUUGGCCGGUAUAAUCACUCAACACGCUGCAUCAUUUGGAUACGGCGUUGUGCGUGAGUUUGGAGGACAUUUCAUCGGAGAAUUGAUGCAUAUGCCACCGAUGAUACAAUUCCAGCACCCCAGCUCUACACAAGGGACCAUGGAAGAGGGGCACGUGUUUACGAUUGAGCCCAUAAUAUGUGAGGGAGACCCAGAAAUAUAUACAUGGGAAGAUGGUUGGACAAUUGCAACAUGUGAUGGUGGGCGUUGUGCCCAGUUCGAACACACGGUACUUGUUACUUCAUCUGGAUGUGAAAUACUGACAUUAACAUCGGUGUAA